AUGUCCUCAUUCAAAAAUGUUCUUUAUUUCCAAACCGGACUUGGAGUCCUAGCCAAUACAGUUCUUCUGUUUUUCUAUGUUUUCAUAAUCCUAGGUCACAGACCUAAGCCCACAGACCUGAUCUCCUGUCAACUGUCCUUUGUUCACAUAAUGGUGGUUCUCAUUGGAGGGGAUAUUUUGCUUGCAGACAUAUUUGAGUCACUGAACAUUGGGAAUGACUUCAAAUGCAAGACAACAUUCUACUUAUUCAGAGUGAUGAGAGGCCUCUCUAUCUGCAUCACCUGCCUCCUGAGUGUGUUCCAGGCUGUCACUAUCAGUCCCAAUACCUCUGUGUUGGCAAAAUUUAAACAAAAAGUGAAAAAAUACAUGACCCAUGUUUUCUUAUGUAUUUGGUUUUUCAAUUUGUCCUUCAGUACUAACCAGAUCUUUUAUGUUGGUGGUUUUACCAAUGUGAGUGAGACCAACCAGAUGCAGGUCACUAAAUCCUGCUCACUCUUACCCAUGAACUACAUCAUCAGGGGACUGAUUUUUACAAUAUCAAUCUCCAGAGAUGUGUUUCUGGUAGGAGUCAUGCUGACUACAAGUGUAUACAUGGUUAUUUUCUUGUUCAGGCAUCAGAGGCAAUGCAAGCAUCUUCAUAGCUUCAGCCACCCGAGAGAAUCCCCUGAGAAAAGGGCCACGCAGACCAUCAUGCUGCUGGUGUCUUUCUUUGUUGUCCUAUACUGGAUGGACUUCAUCAUCUCAUUUACCUCAGAAAUGUUACGGAUGUAUGACCCAGUCAUCCUGACUCUUCAGAAGUUUAUGAUGUAUGCCUAUCCCACAAUUACCCCUUUGGUACAAAUCAGUUCUGAUAACAGAAUAAUAAUUAUGCUGAAAAAUAUUCAGUCAAAGUGCCACCCGAGUUUUUCUUUAAAAGACUUUUUCUUUUUUAUUUAA